GAAAUUAACGCUUUUACGAAAACAAUUUUACCUCGACAUUUCAAGCAUUCUAACUUUGCUAGUUUUGUUCGGCAACUUAAUAAAUACGAUUUUCAUAAAAUUAGGAAUUCUGAUGAUUCGAAUUCACCAUAUGGAGAACAGAGAGAUCAAUUGGAUAAUAUCAAGAGAAAAACUCCAGCAAAUCAAAGAAGAAUAGCUCUUAAUAAUAUCAACGAUGUUCCAAAUAUGACACAUUUAACUGAACUUCAAUCUCAGGUUAAUAAUUUAACCAAAUUGCAAACGAACAUGAACGAUCAUUUGCACUCUCUGAGCAAGAAUUAUCAUUCGGUUGUCCAAGAUUUGUUAAACUUCCAAAAAAAUAUGGUUGCACAAGAUCAGUUAAUGCAGAAUUUAGUGCAAUACUUGGUGAAUUUGGAAGCAGAAAAAUCCGGAAAUUAUAGUAGUAUUCAGUCAAGUACAUCCGGUGAGGGAAUUCCGACUCCAUUUAUACCUUCAGAGCAAGCUCAAAAACUUAUUAAUUCAUAUACAGAAGUUGCCCGUGCUUCUUUUUAUCAAAUGAAUGAGAUUUCUCGUCGUGCGCAAUCAAUACAUCACGUUGCUAGUGCUAGCGAACUGAAUAAUUCCAGUGCAAUUUCGUCAGAUUCUAAAUCAUCAUCGCCGAAAGAUUUUAUUAUUCCUCAACCGACAUCCACAAAUUCUACUGCAUCUCAAUCUACAGAAACCAUUAACAUAACAGAUGAAUAUUCACAGAAUCUCACCAAUACAAUGAGUUUACAGCAUUCAGAUAAUGGACUUACUGUGUUUACAGUGGGUCAUUUAACACCUAGGCAACAAUCGACUUCGACUCCUAAUUUAUUACCUGUUUCUGCUUCAAAUAAUGGUAAUUCUAGUAUUCCACAUAUUGAUAACACUUCUCCACAGAGGGCUUCAAAUACUAUGCGUGUUCACCGUGGUACUUUUGUACCGGCAUGGUCUGUUCCUCCAAAGGUACUUCUUGUUGAUGACGAUGCUGUUUAUCAAAGUAUCGGUUCUAAGUUUUUACAAGUUUUUGGUUGCGCUAUUGAUAUUGCCGUUGAUGGAAUAAGCGCUGUUAAUAAAAUGAAUUUUGAAAAAUAUGACCUUGUUUUAAUGAUAAGAAGAUUUGAUCCUAACACGCCUAUUAUUAGUAUGACUUCAAACACCACUACGCAAGAAUGUAUUAAAUAUCUUUCUCAUGGAAUGAAUGACAUUCUUGCCAAACCAUUUACAAAAGCGCAUCUACUUUCAAUGUUAGAGAGAUACUGUAUGCACUUAAAGAUCAUGCCAAAUUUCCAGAAUAUUUCUAGGCCACUGGGAGCCGCCGACCGACCAGUAACAAUUAUGUCGAGUAACAAUAACUUGAUUUCUUCUUCAGAAUUUACCAGUGAUAGUAACCUUAAUGACAAUUGGAUGUCAAAUCAAAUACCAUUAGUUAUGUCUGGAGACAAUUCUUAUUCUUCUGGCUCAAGUUUUACAGUUAUGAAUAGUGAUGAUUAUAUGCAAAUGAUGAAUCAUAUUGUUAGUGCAAAUAAUAAUGGAUCACGUUAUUUAGAAGAUAACGACAAUAAUCAAGAUGAUCAUCGGCCCAGAAAAAGACCAAAGAUUGAAUUGGUUGAAUAA